AGCAAAUUAACAGUGUGAUUAUACAAUCGAUACACUCUGCAUGUCGUCGAUAAUGGGGUGGAAACAGCAGCAGCACCAUCUCUUGUCUAAGAUUGCAAACAGCGACGGGCACAGCGAAGACUCUCUUUAUUUUGAUGGGUGGAAGGCUUACGACAAGGAUCCUUAUCACCCUACCCAGAAUCCUAAUGGAGUUAUUCAGAUGGGUCUAGCAGAAAAUCAGCUUUGUUUUGACUUGAUUGAAGACUGGACUAAAAGGCACCCGGAAGCUUCGAUCUGCACCGCGGAAGGAAUUAAGGGAUUCAAGGAUAUUGCUACCUUUCAGGAUUAUCAUGGCUUGCUAACAUUCAGAAAGGCUGUCGCAAAUUUUAUGGGGAAAGUAAGAGGAGGUAGGGUCACAUUCGACCCAGAUCGCAUAGUCAUGAGUGGCGGGGCGACCGGAGCUCAAGAGCUGCUGGCAUUUUGUUUGGCCGACCCUGGCGAUGCUUUUCUGGUCCCAUCACCUUAUUAUCCAGCUUUUGAUCGAGAUUUGAGAUGGCGAACAGGAGUACAACUUUUUCCAGUUAUCUGCGAGAGCUCAAACAACUUCAAGAUCACCAUGGCUGCACUGGAAGAUGCAUACAGGAAAGCCCAAGAGGCCAACGUCAGAGUAAAGGGCUUACUAAUUACCAACCCAUCGAACCCGCUAGGGACCGUCCUAGAUCGAGACACAUUAAAAUCCCUGGUGAGAUUCAUCAACCAGAAGAACAUCCACUUAGUCUGCGAUGAGAUAUACGCAGCCACCGUCUUCAACCAUCCCAACUUCAUAAGCAUCUCUGAGAUAAUAAACGAGGAAGAUAUCAGCUGCAAUCGCGAUCUCAUCCACCUUGUUUACAGUCUCUCGAAGGACAUGGGUCUGCCUGGGUUCAGGGUCGGCAUAGUGUACUCAUACAACGACGCCGUGGUGAACUGUGGUCGCAAGAUGUCCAGUUUCGGACUGGUGUCUUCACAGACACAGUACCUGCUUGCGUCUAUGUUGUCGGAUAACGAGUUCGUGGAGCGUUUGAUCGAGGAGAGCGGAAAGAGGCUAGCAACAAGACAUAAGGUCUUCACAGCGAAGCUUCUAGAGGUAGGGAUUACUUGUUUGAAGAGCAACGCCGGUCUUUUCUGCUGGAUGGACCUUCGGCCGCUGCUGAAAGAGUCGACGGUGGAAGCAGAGAUGGCCCUGUGGCGUGUGAUAAUCGACGAAGUUAAGCUGAACGUGUCGCCUGGUUCCUCCUUUCAUUGCACGGAGCCUGGUUGGUUCAGAGUUUGCUUUGCAAAUAUGGACAGCGAGACCAUGGAAGUGGCGUUGCAGAGAAUUCAGAGCUUUGUGCGUAAACCAAAGGAGGCAGCAGAGGUGCCUGUGGCUGUGAAGGCCAAACCUUUGCGAAACAAUCUUCGGUUGAGCUUCACUCGGACUCGAAGUCGAAGAUUCGAAGAGUUUGUCAUGUCACCACACUUGAUUUCACCUCACUCGCCUCUUGUUAGUGCCAGGACUUGAGGAGGAGCAUGAAUAGUCUCUUCUUCACGCCAUGAAUGACAAAUAACUGUUCAUUCUCAUUCGAUGUAGGAUUAAGCUUAAUUUAUUUCAUUGCCUGUGCUAGAUCUCUAUAUAUUCUUCUACCUAAGUUGAUUUGUAUGAGAUAAAUAAGAACAUAACUGAGGUCCGCAAGGCAAAUAAAACUGCCUAGUCGCUUAAGAAAAACAGUAUCCCUAGUGCUUCAAAUUCAUUUUUUUUUAUCUGGAUGAAGCUAUGGAUACAAUUGUAACGAAUUAUAAUGUAUUCUGUCCCUUAUUAAUGAAUUAUACAGUAUGCACCACAC